UAGUCGAGCUUGUGAGCUGAACACAUCUGAAAAUAAAAUUUAAAUUAUAAAAAAAAUUGUUGAGCUGUAAACUUUUAUAGAACUUUAAUAAAAAUAAUAAAGUAUAAUAUAAUAAUACGCAUUUGAAAAGCGUUGAAAUCUACCAGCUUUCUCCAAAAUAUUUAGUGUCGCCUCAAACUUUUCGCUUCAAACGCAGUUGCCAGCGCCUGAAUACAAAUAAUAUUUUGUCUCCGUCGAGCUACAGCAAUAUAAAUCAAAUAAUAAAAACUUCUCGAGCUGUAAACUUUUAUAUGUUGUACAAACGGGGAAAAAUACGCAUUUGAAAAGUGUUCAUAUCCAACAGCUCUCCACAAAAUAAGCACAAACAGCAAGGUUAUUCCAGAAGCAAAGCAUUUCGAAAAUAGUCUGAACGGAUUAAUCUAAUUAUUAGCUGUGCCUCCUGCCAAUUGGUGUAUUGCAUCUUUAUUGUCGCGUUGAUGAGAACGAAGUCGGGCCUAAAACAAUAUAUAAUAUACAAUAGCGAUUCUAUUAACAAUCGGAAAUAUGAAGAAUAAUUCAACUGUGCCUCAGUCAAAGGGCUGCUCGAAGGAAAAAUGCCAGUCUGACCAUGUGUAUUGCAUCAAGGUCGGCAUCAAUAAUUACAUGCCUACUCGAAAUCCUAUUACUGGCACUGGAUUAAAUGGGGACGGUCUCGGCGUUCUGAAGCCGAUAAAGCCAAAGAUUCAGGCAAAUAGCAAGGAUAAAUCAGAGGACGCCGCGUCCCGUACCGCUACAAAUAAAUCGAGUAGCUCAUCGGAUGUUGAUUGUGCCAAUGUUGGGCCCGUGCCCGCUCAAAACAGUGUAUACGACCAGUCAGAUAAGCACCACGUAAAUAUACAGAGUCGCGCUGAUACGGGUACCAAUCCAGAACGUCCGUUCUCUUUCAAUAAUAUGAGGCAUGAUUCAAAUGCGUUUCAAUCAAGCAACUGUUCUCAGGGAACAUCCGUUAACAUAUCUGCUCAGAACCCAAUUGGUGACUUUGGAAUACAGGGCGACGGCUCUGGUAGUCUAAGGCAGAUGAUACCAAGGAUCCGGGAAGGCAAUCCACUUACUGGAGAAGGUUACAAGCCAGGCACUCAAGAUUAUAUAGGACCAGUGGGCAUGAACUCACAUGAGACGAUUAACAUUAGCACCGUCAAUAAUGGGAAUCGUGUGCCACCCGGCGGAUAUUCGUCUGGCCUCUGGUAAUUUCAAAUUACUUUCCCACUUAGCAACUAUUUAGUCUAGUUAAAAUGAAAAUGAAAAAGAAAAAGAAAAACCAAAACAAAGCCAUCACAUACAUACUCAAUGAAGAUUACUUCAACACAGCAACGAAUACUACAAUUACCAAAGACAGGGUAAUACCAAACAAUUACUACAAUUACCCGGAACAAACUACCACAAAAAUACUAAAUACAAAAUGCACACCGGAAACAAAGACAAUUGACCAAUUGACUACAAUAACAGGCAACAAAUUUCAUAUUAAAAAUGUUUAAGAUAAACUUAAGGAAAAAUCAAUAGUUGUUUUAAAAUAAAAUUUUCAUUACCGUUUUAA